GGACGCGGCGUGCGGCAGCGGCAGGCAGGUGAACGUGGGCCAGCCGGUGCAGGCCAGGCAGCGCGGUGCGAGCGGGCGCGAGCCAGCCAGUCUGCGGGGGGCAGCCAGCCAAGACAGUGCGGGUCCGGGCGCAGGCGCUCUCACGACAUGACCCUGUGACUGCGACGCCGCCUCCACGAUGAUCGACCUCGCUCCGCGACUCUGUGACGUGGGCCCCAAGGGCCACAAGGGCAGGGGCCUCAUGGGCCUCGGACAGGCCACCAAGAGGAAGCUGUACGCCGACACGACGGCGACCACGUGCAAGCGCCGCCGGCCCGCCCUCACGAGCGCCGCCUCGGUAUCCGGGUCCGGGACCCGCUUCGUCGACCUGCAGAUCGUGGGCGAGGACGGCGCACUGGUGGAGGAGGCCACCAUCGAGGAGAUCUGGGCGCCGCACGCCACGCGCCUCGAGAUCGUGGUCGUGGACGAGGCCUGGGACUCGUCCUACCCGGCGCAUACCUCGCUCGACGGGGAGACGGCGUACAUCGACCUGGACGACCCGGUGAUCGGGCCGCUGGGGCCCCUCGGGGGCACGUCCACCCUCCACAACGCCAUCCUGAGGGAGGCGCAACAGUACGCCCCGACCCCGCCGCCAGCGCCAGCGCCAGCCUCCAGCCACACCUCUAGGUCGCACGCCGACCAGGUGGACAGUGACUUCGGAAACCUGGAUUGGCUCAUCAACUUUAAGGUCGACUCGGUGUUCGAGCCGAAGAAGCAGCCGAAGACCAGGCAGGGCGGAGUAGCUUCUUCACCAGCGACGGCCUCGGUGCAGGGGGUGGUGGAGCAGGUCUGCGACGCGCUCCCCCCGGCGGCGAGCCCCGGCCGCCCCGGCGCGCUCUCGCCCGGCACGCCCGUGGGCGCGGGGGCGGGCAGGAGCCCGGGCAGGAGUGUCAGCCCCAAGGUGGCCGCCGUGGCCGCCAGCAACGCCCCGCCCGCCGCCGCCGCGCCCUGCGUGCCCCCGGCGGCCGCCGUCAACCCCGGCCCGCACCCGCAGGCUCACCGAUACAGCGGCCCGGGCAAGCCGCCGUUCACCUACACGGAGCUCAUCGAGCUGGCUCUCAAGGACAAGGGCAAGCUCACCGUCAAGGAAAUCUACCAGUGGAUCACGAAGCACUUCCCCUUCUACCAGGCGUCGGACGAGCGAUGGAAGAACUCGGUGCGGCACAACCUGUCCAUCAACCCGCACUUCCGCAAGGAGAGCAAAGCGCCGCAGGGCGCGGGCCACCUCUGGGUCGUCAUGGACAACAACAACAAGGCCAAGAACUCGUGGAAGGAGGAGCGGAUCCAAAACUUCCUGGCGGCGCAGAUGUCCGCGGCGGAGGCUGCCGAGAGUGCCGCCAACGCCGCCAGCACAGCCAGCGCCGCCAGCGCCGCGGUCGUCCUGGAGCCCUGCGCGCCGAGCGCGCCCAGCCCGGUCUGCGUCGAGUCCCCGCCCUCCCCGGUGCGGCCUCCCACGCCCCCAUCACCCGUCACCACGGGGGCCAAGAGCCACAGCCAACUCAACACGUGGUGGUCGGAGAGAGUCAGUCUAGAGAGAUCGGCUGAAGAAAUACUGUCGGGCGUGAAGAGGGAAGUCGGAGUAGAGUUCCUUACUCCGAUGGACCUUGAUGGAGACCUAGACUCGGAUGUCAUGAAACUGGACAUAAGGGACGAGAAAGGUUUUCUCUACGGUGAUCUCACAACCGAGCAAGUGAUAGCAGAGAGUGGACUGCAGGAUGAACUGGCGGGCCUUUAUCUUCUUAAUGACAUGACAUCAUCUAUAACAGCCGACUCCCUAUUUCCAGAUGAUCUUAAUUUUGCAGGAUUGGAAUUACCCCUUAGUGGCUGAUCACUAUUUGUAACAACCACUGUACUCAUGUAUUUAUUACACAGUUUAAUGUAAAGUGAUUUCGUAUCACAAUAUCCAUGAGUAAAAUUCUGUUUUGGUGCAUUUUGUGAAAAGACUAAUUUGUUAUGAUAUAAGCAGACAAUGCCAGUCGCCAUAAUCCUGUGGAGCCAUUAGAGUUGUUGAGUAACUACAUUGAUAUUGGUAAUGAUUAUAGAGUUAAGAGAACUUUGCAUCUCUGAUAAAAUACUUGUUUUAUCCUAGUCAUUAAGUAAUAUAUUUGUCAAAUUUUUGUAUUUCAGGCUAUGUAUAUAUUUCCAGUGCAGAUUGUGAAAAAAGUAAAGAUGUGCAUUUUUUAAAUAAUAAUUAAAAGAAAAGGUAGCAAAUUGUUAAAUGGACAAAGUAGACACCCUUGUGCCCUUCUGUUUGUUACAAGUUUUGCUUCUCUUCUGAACUGCACUCCUUAAAAGAUUUUAAGUUUUUAAUAAUACUGACUAAAGUGUAACAAAAGGUACCAUCAUGACUGAAGAUUAACUCUUUUAGAGAGAAUAUCCUGCUUUUGAGAAACAGGCUAAUUACCUGAAAUAUGAUAAAAGUUUCAUGAUGCCAACUACUGACAAAACCGUCAAGUAGAUUAUUGUAUUUAGAACUAAGACUGUACGACUGAACAGUGGUAGCGGCCUGUGCAAGAUUAAUUUGCUGCCUUCUCACCACUGUCCUGUCCUGAUGUAGAUAGUAAUCGUCUGUAAAUACAUAUAUUUGUCUCUUGAGUGUUAUAAUUGGAUAAACAAUAGCAUGUGUUUGGGUAUGUUGACAAUUUCUGUGCCCUGGGAACAUUUAUAGAAUUCUUCCAGUUAGCUUCUAGUCUUACGUCAGUCAUAUCUGUAAAUCUCUAGUCAUUUUUGGAGACUUAAAAGUGAUAAACAGGAGUUUGUAAAGUGUCUCUGCACUUCCAGCAGUAAGACUAGCAUAAGGUCAAUCUUACAGUAUCCUGCCUCACAUAAGUUAGGGAGGUUGUUGGCUCAGCUGCUAUCUUGCCUUUAAAUCAAAAUUUUCAUUGUAGAACAGGGACAUUUUGUCCUAAGAGAUUCAGCAGUUCUUCCUUCCUUCCAGGGGGCAUUGGUUGAUUUUUCUGAACACCCAUUCGAUCCGGAAGUUACAAAAGAGCUGACAUCUACAAAGAGAGUGCCAAUGCCUUUCAUCUAAGAAUAUUUUCAAUACAUUUGAUAUGUAAAUCAACUACUAAAGCACAAUUCUUAAGCAUUAAUCCCGAUCUUAAUGCAACAUUUUUGGAAGCACAGUGGCUAUAAAAUAGGUUUGUUAGAAUAUGUUGAUGUAAAUUUAUCAACUGAAUACCUGUGCCUUGUGCAAGAUAAGUAUGGAAUAAAGAGUCUGUCGGUGAUAAUAAAUAAAAUGAAUGAAAGUACUUCCAUGAAUCCCCUUUAUUCAUAAUCGUGCGGCUUUUGUACAAUGAAUCAGGGCUAGUGACAUUUCCCAGCUAACCAAAUGCAAUCCUUAUGCACAGCAUAA